CCAGCUGAAGGCAGGAGAAAUCACGAAGAGUGAGUACGAGAGAGCUCCUUCAGUGUCUCUCUGUCUGGACCUGCUUCUCAGAGGCUGAAAGAUGAUGGCAGGACUGAACAUUCAGCUGGUGUGCCUGAUGCUUUUGGCUUUCAGCUCCUGGAGUCUGUGCUCAGACUCCGAAGAGGACAUGAGAGCCUUAGAAGCAGACUUAUUGACAAACAUGCAUGCGUCCAAGAUCAGUAAACCAAGUCCUCCCUCUUGGAAAAUGACCUUGCUAAAUGUUUGCAGCCUUAUCAAUAACGUGAACAGCCCAGCUGAAGAAGCAGCAGGAGAAAUGCAGGAAGAUGAUCUUAUUGGAAAAAGGAAACUCCCCAUGGUUCUUGAUGGCUUUAGCUUGGAAGCAAUGCUGACCAUAUUCCAGCUGCAAAAAAUCUGCCACAGCAGGGCCUUCCAACACUGGGAGAUGAUUCAGGAAGAUAUUCUUGACAAUGGCAAUGAGAAAACUGAGAAGGAAGAAGUUAUCAAGAGAAAAAUUCCGUACAUUCUGAAAAGGCAGCUGUAUGAGAGUAAACCGAGAAGGCCCUACAUACUCAAGAGGGGCACCUACUACUACUAAGAAGCUGACUCUUGACACAUGAUUGUGAUUGAUCCCUCUUUACCUAGAUAGAUAAUCAUGUGGUCACCUAGAUACCUAGUUACAUGUGUGUGUAAAUGUGACAGAACUUGAUUAUUUCAUCUCUGCCACAAUUGUGGUCUAUUGGAUGUUAU